AGUAGAUGCGUUAUUUUAAGGGCUCAUAUUUGUCAUUUCGAUACUGGAACGCAGCAAUAAACGUAACACUCGCAUCUUUAUGAACGAGUAUUCAGAAUGUACGGUCAAUUAUUGUUCUAUUGUUAAAUUUCGAGCAACAAGUUGAGGAAUAAUUGAAAAUAGAAAACCAGUGCAAGACUCAGAUGUUGAACAUUAUUUAAUAGCAGUGUUUCUUGUGAGGAUAGUAUUGCUCCAGCAAAACAACAUUGAAAUGCCGUUGAAAAGCUUCUGACUCCAGUGACUCACUGAUUUGCUCUUCCGUCCGAAGGAGUACGGUGAUCGAAUGGAAAGGCUGCUCGGACGCCGCAAUGUAUGUGGGAACCCAGCAAUGGACUGUGGCGUCCCUAGCCACGGGCGCCGCCGCCCUUGUGACGCUUCUCCUGGCUGUAGCCACCGCCCACUGGCUCUACAUGCGAGAGAAGUGUAGUAAGACAAUUACGGAGCACAUCGAGGGCUUCAACUAUACGUUCGUGGUCAACUUUACUUUGAUAUCUAAUGCAGGAAUCUGGCAGCUGUGUACGCAAAAUGAUGCGAAAACUGUGUCAUGCACGGACUCUCGAAUCACUACGGGCUUGGACAAGAACGAUGAGAAAGACGAUGAACAGUGGCGUACUGGCACCGUCAUGGAGGCGACCCGAAUCCAGUUUCCGGUUACUUGUCUUGCCGUCCUGCUCACCUUGUCCGGAUUCGUCUGCAGCAUUGUGGGCAACUUCCGGCAGGACAAGAAAACCAUCAUUGCUGCUGUCAUGUAUAUAGCUUCAGGUCUGUGCCUAUCUGUCGGUGUUAUACUGUAUAUAUCCCGCAUCAACGACGAACUGUCCUUGCAGGAGUCAAAGAUGUGUGUGGAGUUUGAGUACCAGUACGGAUGGUCCUUCUACUUAAUUGGCCUCUCAUUCGUCAUGGAGGAGACUUCCGCUGUCAUUUCUAUCAAGCUCUAUCUGUUACGUAGUUCUAAUAAGCUCUCCAGUAUGGUUCGAAUCAUUCCAGGACUCGAGGAUAAAGUGUAUGUGAGCCUGGAGAAACGGAAACUAAGCGAUGUUGAAACAAACAAUCAGACGCUGAUUUGGUAGAAUGGGAGAGAUGUAUGUGUGUCUUUAAUUUUGUUCAUAUCAUGCAUAGCUUGUCUACAUGUGCUUUCGAAGCGGAAAUUUAAACUCUCUAUAUGAAUGGUUUGAAAUGUUGCGAUAAUAAAACAAGUGCAUGCUAUUGACUCGGAAGAGUGUGCACUUCAGCAAAUAAAUGUGAAUUAUGUAGAUGUGUGAUGAAAAAGAAACAUCUGUGUUUGCUUUAAUCAAAGAACUAUCGGGAAAAUGACAGUUCAAGAAUACCGACAUUUUAUAGCUACCAUGUAGCGACAAAAUGGUUUUGCAUGCAAUAAUUGAAAACAAACUUGGAUGUGUAACAUAAUUAUGAUGAACACAGCCAGAUCAAAUACACCGACGCAUACCAGUCAGCCUUAUAUGAUGUGCUGCAAACACUGAAGUGGGACCUUAUUUUUUCUCUGCUGAUCCCUUAUUUAGUCAAAGUGUACAUUGUCCUGUGUUAGCUAGCAAUUCAUUCUAAUUGUGAUUGUAUACUAAGUAUAAAUGUUUUAAAGGCUAGAACUUCCAGAAAAUGUGAUUGAAAUGAUGAUUAUCGUAAUCAUAUGAUUUGAGCUUAUAAACGAAUACAACGUUACAACUCAGCGCUGAUUGUACGAAAAUGAUUGAAAUAUUAAUGGACCAAUGGCGUUACAGUAUUUAAAUAAAAAAUAGCCGUUGGUUUAUUUUCAAAGUGAUCAAAGUAAUAUCGAUUUUUACUUUUUGUCGACUCGCAAAACCAGAUUGUUUAAAUUGAAGUCGUUACAUUAUUGGUGAGGUAACAAAUGAGUUUGAUUAAAUACAAAAUGGAAUACUGUUUUCUUCUGAACAAAUGGCUUGUAUUAAAGAUCUGUAUUUAAGGUAAAAGUGUUGUGUCGUUGUGUAUACUUCACCUUGACGUGAUGAAGAUUAUGUUUAUGGACUGCAGAAAGCCAAAAGCGCUUAUUAGUAUAACUGCCAUUUACCAAUGUUUAUGUAAAUAUGAUGUUGAUGUCGAAAUCAUUUACGCAUUUUGCAACAAAGCGACUAGGCCAUACCAAAUUGAUUCUAUGUUCAGCUUCCAAUUUCAAAACCUACCUACGCGACAGGAAGAUAACAAACAAAGUGACAAAAGAAACAAACGUAUUUUCUGUACAAUAAAUAGAUAUAUAAACUGUAUCUUUAGACAAUUGUUUAUAUGUUGAUAAACUUUGUGUGAAUAGAAGCGCCAUUUUUAAGAUUUGCUUAUAUUCACGAAUAGCUUACUUUUCACUUAUGUUGUUUGCAUAAGUUUGAAAAAAUGUAUUUUUUUUUCUGUGUUGUCCUUUUGUCUACUCUGUACGUGUAAAUCUUCAUCCUUGAAAGGGACUUGUUUGUAAAAUGCACUUUUCCACCACGAAAAUAAAGUAAAGCAAAUGAUAAGGAGUGUUAAAACUGACGGCUGGAUCUCUUUAACAAAUGUAGAUAUAUGCUAAAAUAUUGUCUGUGAAGUUUACAAGUUUUAAAAGCGUUACAAACGCGGUUCAAUAAAAGGUUGCAGCUUUUUUGAUUGAUUGACAUUAUCAAGUGAUGAACCAAUGUUUUCAACAAAAGCUUAUUAUUUACCUUUUAAAAAUAUGUGAAGGCAAUCUUAUGAACUAAUGAUUGAUAGAUCUUUUGACUUCAAAUCCGAUACACACAUUUUUAAAAAGAUAGCUUGAUAUGCUUGUUCCUUCAGACAAUAUGUGACAGUACGUGUGUUGUUCUCGAACAAUACAUUUUAAGCAUUUUGCCAUCAGUUUGUGAGUGCAUGAUAAAACAACUUUAAUGUUUAGUAAUUAAAAUGUUA